GAACGCCGAGUUAUAGCUUCAAAGAAAUCAUGGAGUACGCUUGGACCAAGAAAAUCCUCGAUUUCACAAUCCUCGAAUUGAACGGAUCUCAAUGGGGAGCGGUAAGAUCGUCGAUCCUCAUAAAUAGAUCAAACGAUCGACCGUUUAUUCAUCAUUUCAAUCCGUUUAAAAACGAAUACACGAAGAAAAUUUGGACCGCACUCAUGAUUACCUUGUUUCCCAAUAAACUUACUGACAUGUCCGGUUAUCCUAUGAGAAUACUACCGGUAAACGUCCCACCAUACAUACUGGCUGGAUUCAACGGUAGCGCAGUAACCUCGGUCGGUGGGCCUAACUCAGUUUUGAUGUUAAUACUUUUGCAAAGUCUGAACGCUACUCCAGAAUAUGAUGCAGGAUUACGUCGACUCGAUUCAUCGGAUCUUUUGCGUACCGAUCAUACCGACAUCAGAAAACGCUUUCUCCGUUCAAGCUUCCCCGACAUUUCUUCUGAGCAUUGGAAUCAUCUUGAUCUUUUGGAUCUUCAUGCGGUUGCUUCGAAUAAAAUCGUAUUCCUCGAAAAUCUUCACAAUUGGCCGCGUUCUCUUUGGUGUUUCGGUGCGCCAACAGCCUGUUAAUGAUGUCGAACGAAUAAUUUUCGCGUGCCUACUCGCCUUGAGUGCUAUUUAUUCAUCUACAAUCUAUACCGCGAUGACGGACGUGGCUUUAGGGAAAGCCGGUGAAGUUCCGUUUGAGAGUUUUGAAGACCUCGUCAAUUCGGAAUUAAUGAUUGGGCUAUCCACUUUUAACAUGGACCGGACUGCCCACCUCUUGCAUAAAGAAUUAAACAUUUCGAAAGAUAAGGUGUUACCGAAAUGGGAUUCAAUAGAUUGUAUACAAACAGCGAUUAGAGACAAAAACGUUACCUGCUUCAUACCGUAUGCGGUAGCGAAGUUAGGCAUCAAGGAAUUCGAAAAGCAGGGGCUUCGCAUCGUCAAGAUUGGAAAGCCUUUCCUUUGGAAUGAAGUUGCAGGUUUUGUCACAGGCAAGAGAUCGCCGUAUCGUUCGGUACUCGAUAAAAAAAUCAUGAGAUUGCAUGAAACUGGAAUUAUUCAGAAGAUUUACAAGGACGUACGAUUAGGAGACAUCCUGAAUUUCAAUUAUUCGGAUUCAAAUAUUUCAAACACUGGAAAAACCGACGAUCCAACUGGUGCGCACGCUCUGCUCCUCCAGCUAAUGUUUGUCGCCGUUAUUGGCUAUUCGGCGUCAUUCGUCGUUUUUAUUCUUGAAAUUCUCUACGAUCGUAUAUCGAAGUUUAUUUCGAAACGUAAAAACCGUCAGCGAAGAAUCCGUGUUCGAUGUCUGGCUCCACCGCGCAUCAACGUUCAGAAGUUCCGAAUGACGCCGCAAAAUACGGUUCGGCCACCGUUGAAGCUGUACACCGGUCCGCGCAUCAAUCGCUGAGCGGGCGGCAGUUUUCUCGAGUUUCUAUAAUCGCGCUUAUUCACUAAAUCUUUGUACUAAUCCAGUCACCUGUAUCGCUUGUUUUCUGCAGCAGAAUUAGAAAUGUGAAAAUAAGAAUUCAUUAUUAUGUUCCAAUUGAAUUAAUGUGAGAGCUUGUGUUUUAAGAUUCCUCGAACAAAAUGUUCGAAAAUAUUUAUCAAGAGUUAGAAUUGAAAUUUAUCAACUACAAUUACGAUGCACAAAGUCUUUCGAUUAAUCCGUCACACAUUUUGAAUAAAAUUCACUUAUGGAAGCCUUUAUUUUUUCGUCACUCUUUUAACGUCACGUUAAUUUAUGUAAUUUCGAUUCUUCGAUCAAGAAUUUCUGGUUAAAAAUCUUCCUAUGCUUGACUCAAUGUUCAAUUAAAAAUUCAUAAUCAGAGAAAUUACACACUGCUAUGUUUGUUUCAGUCGAUGAAAAAUACAAAGUCAGCAGUAAUUUUCUCCGUACUCGAAAACUCAAAAAAUCAACAAACAUGUUUUCCAACAUAUUAAAAUAGACUGGAUUAUCUCAGUUGAAGCUUCAUUCGGAAUAAACAGCUUCGA